AUGGCUUUGGACAACCUGGAUAACGUGGCGCGGACCGCAAAGGGGCAGAGCGUGGACGGCGGUGGUCGCACUGAGGUGGACGGGACAUGUGAAGGCACAUUGGCAUUUCAACCAUGUCCUAUCACGGAUAAGGAUGAAAUGCCGUUCAGGCUGAUGGACCUCCCCACGGAAAUUCGGCUUGAAAUCUAUCGAGCAUGUCUGACCAGGCCGUAUCCCAUCUUGCUGUCAAGGCAACCACAGCUGCCYAAGAGUGAAGCAAGACCAGGUCUUGGUUCGUCUGCGGACAAUGCUUCCCGGGCACAACAUCGUCGUGCUAUGAGGGCCACCGCUAGUCAUCUACCCGCUCAAACGACUUCCAGCCACAUCGCAAAUGCGCCUCCGCAGUCUGCGGUGGCUCUUCCAGCCAGAAACACCGCUGCUGGUACUGGCUCGGGGUUCCAACUUCUUGUUACUGCUGUGGGACCGCAGGCUGGCUGGCAGACUGAUUUAGGUCGUGAUAGGUCUGGUGAGGGAACUGGAGUGCAGCGCAACCAGCGCGGGGAUCCACUUCUGACUAGCAUCCUCCGUGUCAACAAGGAGGUCUACAAGGAGGCACGUGGUGUGCUUUACAGUGAAAACUACUUCACUCUCGAUCUAAACACUGCUCAGAGUACACUCGCAUGCUUACAUCAGCGCUCACGACGCCAGAUUAAGCAUAUCGAACUGGAAAUUCCGAGUUAUAACGACAUUCUGGAGCGAUUCCAGGAGACGGUGCGACUCAGCUUGCGCUAUUGCUCAGGUCUGAAGGAGUGUUGUAUACAUAUGCCCUUCAUGCUCCCCGGAGCUGAUGGCAGUGGAACCAGCGGUAACACGACCGUGUACGCCAACGGUUUCGACAUUCUGCGCUGGUUACCACAGGAGUGCAACAUCGUCUUGGAGGGCGCCACAUGCGUUGAAAUCGAACAGGUGGUCAGCAAACAUCGUCACCUAGCCAAGACGCUCGACAAGCUGGCGUACGCCCGUCGGCAACUCAUCUCCAACGAAACCGGGCAACCCCAAGCUUGA